AUACCUCGUUACGUGUGGCCUGUGUCUCGAGCAUAUACCGCAAAGAUGGCUGACGACGGGCUCUCAAUAUACGACGAGAUCGAAAUCGAAGAUAUGACCUUCGACGAGGCUCUUCAGAUAUACCACUACCCGUGUCCCUGUGGCGAUCGCUUCCAGAUCGCUCUCGACGAUCUGCGUGACGAACAGGAUAUUGCCGUGUGCCCCAGCUGUAGCUUGAUGAUUAGAGUCAUCUUCGAUCUUGACGAUUUGCCCAAGCCUCCUCCUACUGCCAACGCCGGUGGCCAGAUACCCGUCGCUGCUUAAAGCCAUCACUAUAUCCAAGCUUCCCUAGGCAGAGACUUGAUCCUUUUGCCAAAGACAUCGAGAUGGUGCACUACUCAGGCGCGCAUAGCGUCCAUAGCGCCUCAACGGCUGCUCCAAAGAGGCUCCUCGGAUCCAUCUCGCCAAUGUCGAAUAUGUUAUAGACCCUUACGGAACAGACGGCGUUUUUCCAACGACAACCCAAAGUCAUCUCAAGCGUCCAGUCUAAGACGCAAGAAUGUUCGUGUCCUGGGGAUGGCACUCUCUUGGGUAAAUAUUCACCCGCCUAGAGAAACAUACUCUAGGGGCGUCUUGAAGAAUUUAGGCUCGUGCGAGGGACAGCUGAUAAUAGACGCUGCCCAAGCGUUUUAAAUAGAGACUGGUCCUAUGAAAGAAGGCCAUCUCGCCCAAAUGCUGCCAACAGAAUAAUCUGAGAUACCAAAGGUGAAUCGCAUAUUCACCAAAGUCACAUGAAUACAAACUACGGCUCAUCACAGC